AUGGCGGUGACGGUCAUCGACUCAAUUGCGCGAUCGCGUAGCCUAUCAAAAGUCGUAGGGGAAACAAAUAAUCUAUACAUUAUAUUCUCUCUGUUUAUUCAUAUUUAUUAUCUAUCUGAAUCUGUUCAUAUCUAUCUAUCUAUCUAUCUCAAUCUGCAUUCUAAACGCACAAAACAAAAGAGAAAAUUCAAGAAAAGAAUUUUCAUUUUUCGAAGCAUAACAUCUCACUCGUCCGUCAAAAGAAAUUUCCUUUCUCUCUCUAUCUCUCUUUCCUACUUUUUUGUCUUUCUUUCUUUCUUUCUUUUUCUCUGUCUCUUCCCUUCUCUCGCUCUCUCUCUCUCUUUCUGUCUUUCUCCUAUCUCUCUCUUUCUGUCUUUCCUCCUUCUCUCUCCCCUCUUUCACGCUCUUUCUCUCUUGCCUCUUUCUUUCUUUCUUUCUUCCUCCUCUCACUUUCUCUCUUUCCUUCACCACCUCUCUCUCUCUUUUCUCAUCUCUUUCUCUCUUUGCUCCAUCUCUCUCUCCUCGUCUUUCUCUCUCUCUUUCUCGCUUUCUUCCUUCCCUCAUCAUUGCCUCUUUCUCUUUAUUUCUUUCUUUCCUCCUCGCCCUUUCUUUUUUUCCUCCAUCUCCUCACUCUCUUUCAUCCAUCUAUCUCUCUUUGUCUUUAUUUCUCUCUUGCAUUAUUCUUUCUUUCUUUCUUUCUUUAUUUAUUUAUUUAUUUAUUUAUUUAUUUAUUUCAUCAUUCUCUCCGCCUUUAUUUCUUUCCUCCUCCCCCUUUCUCUGUUUCCUCCUCCUCCUCCUCCUCCUCACCCUCUCUCCUCCAUCUAUCACUCUUCGUCUUUCUCUCUUUAUGUCUCUCUUGCAUUAUUCUUUCUUUCUUUCCCCCUCCUCCCCUUCCUUUCUCUCCUCCCUCUCUUUCCUCCAUCUUUCUUUCCUCCUCCUCUCACUCUAUUCCUCUUUCUGUCGGCCUUUUCAAUUUUUCGCCUUUAUUCUUCCUAUCGCAAUCCUUCUCUAUCCCCGCUUUCCCAUGCAGUUCUCCUUUUCUUUCUCCCUUCACCACACUCUUUCUUUCUUUCUAUAUUUCUUUCUUUUUUCCUUCCUUCUUUCUUUCUUUACGGUCUCUGUUUAGAAAUUGCCGCAUCUUCUGCUCUCGUCUCAACCGAAUUUGCCUCAUUCGUUUCGAUUUUUUCCCCCGACUUUUACUUCAUUGUCGUUUCAAUUGAAUUUUACGGCUUUUAUUUCUCACUUUAA